UUAAGGUCUUGGUCUCGGAUUAGGUAGUCUUGACUACAACACAAGCACAUUCACAGAAAACACCUUCCACGUCGAAAAAUAAGGCUACGCCUUUUUAGGCGGGUUUACUUUUUUUCACGAUUUCGGGUCGUUACCCUUUAGCAACAGGCUACAUAAAACAGUACUAAUACAACACGUUUAUACGACGAAAUGGCAGAAAUAGUAUUGGAAAAAAAUCGGAUACAACUGAUUGAUGGUUUGUCCGAACCUGUUAUCAAACAUUUGUUGGAUGAUCUUCGGGGGGAGAAUGUGGUAAACAGUGGGGAGAGUGAAGAAAUUGUACAGAAGACCAAAACGCGAACUGAUCAAGCUCGAGAUCUGAUUGAUUGUGUGAAGAGAAAGGGGCGGAAAGCAAGUGAAAUUCUGCUCAAAUGUUUGGAGAAGAGGGACGAGUGUGUGUACAAGAACCUAAACAUGGAUGGUCAUUCAAAAAUUCCUGAAACAGCAGUGACCUCUAGUCACAUACCUAUAACGUCAGGUAGUACUACAGAUGAAUCAAGCAAUACGGAUGAGGAGUACAAAAUGGACAGUAAUCCACGUGGACUUUGUAUAAUUAUUAAUAACGAGAACUUUAAAAACCCCAAAAAGAAACGAAAUGGAUCCCAAAAAGAUGUUGAUUCUCUGAAAGACUUGUUUGAAGAUUUGGGCUUUCGGGUUGAAAUCGAGGAAGAUCAGACCGCAUCCGAAAUAAAAGAGCUCAUGAUCAAUUACAGUAAGGAUCGCCAUCAUGGAGACUGCUUUGUCUGUUGCGUGAUGAGUCAUGGACGUAAGACUGGUGUCCUGGGAUGUGAUGAGGAAAUAUGUCUCCUGAGUGACAUCACCUCCCCAUUUGAUGGAGACAACUGCCGCUCUCUUAUUGGCAAACCUAAAGUCUUCUUUAUCCAAGCAUGUAGAGGGCCUGAGAUGCAGAGUACAGUGCUGACUGCAGAUGGUCCUGGUGCCAGUCGUAUGCAGGAUUCUGGCAGUGUAUCAUACAGCAUUGCCAAAGAUUCUGAUUUUCUGAUUGCCAUGUCCACGGUUGAGGGAUAUAUGUCGAUUCGUAAUAAAAACAGUGGGUCAUGGUUUAUACAGUCCCUUUGCAAGCAUUUAAGAGAGGGGAGUAAACGAGGCCAGGACAUCUUGGGGAUCCUCACUAAAGUCAAUAAUGAAGUAAGCCAGAAAGAGGGCACUGUAAUCAUUAACAAUGAUGAAAUAGAUGCAAAGAUGACCCCUCAGCCCCUUUUCACUCUGAGAAAGCUUCUUGUUUUCAGAGCUCCGAAGGCUGCUGCUUCUAAAUAGAAGAAAUCAGGAUAAACAGCUUCAUCUUUCACCAACAGAAGAAGAAAAUCAAGGACAGAGAGAAUUUCUAUUCACCUCUGCUUUCGAAUAUUUGUUAUAUGAGAAUUAAAAAAAUGUGUUGUUGUGUACCACAUUUAACCAUGUAAACAAAAAGAAGAGAAUGGUUUUAUUAUUAAGUGUCAAGAAUAUGAAUAAUAAUAUACCUGAAUUGAUGUUUCUUUAAUAAAUUACAUCAAAUUCUCUUACGCUGCUCUUGAACUGUUUUAGCUGUGGAUUAAAACACCUACACAUAUCAACACGACUGAAGACUAUAAUUCACAUAUGGAUUUAAUUAACAAUGAACAAUCCAUUAAAACUAAAUUAACUUUUUUUUUUUUUUUUUUAAAAA